AUGUUUCACAACAGUCCUUCCUUGCAACACACUUCAUUUAUCACAUCCCUGCAAGGAAUUCGUGAUGUAGUGAGUGAGAUUCCAUACCGAGAUUCCAUCUUCAUGGUCGCUUCUCUGGAUGUUGAUGCUUUGGCAGCAUUUCAUAUAUUAUCUUCUCUCUAUAGGUCGGACAGAUUUUUUGGUAACUAUGCAGCAGUGUUAGUGAGUAAUCAUCAAGACAUUACUCGGAAUAUUGAAAACAACAGUGAUAAGACCAUUUUCUUCUUGAUCAAUUGUGGUGGACAAUAUAAGGAUUUUAACAAGUACAAAGACAAACACUUUUUCGUGUUGGACGCUUGUAGACCUUUCUAUUUAUGCAACGUGUUUAGUACUCUUCAACAAGUGAGAAACGUUCAUUUAAUUGUUGAUAAGGAUGAAGAGAAUCAUGGUCGAUAUUUAUUUGUAAAGAAGAGCUUUGUGGAUGAAAUAAUUCAAGGCACGGAAGAUGCAGGAGAAGCCUAUCAUUCAUCUUCUUUCUUUGAUAAGAGUGCCAGUGAAUUGGUAGAAAAAAUUACUCUCAAUCCCGAUGAAGCUCUCAAUGAAGAUAAUUUCAUUGAGGACGAUGAUGAUUUAAAUGCUGAUAAGGAAAUGGCAGAUUUUAUUGUUCAUGAUGAGGAAGAGGAGGAAGAAGACGAUGAUGAUGAGGUUCAAAGCAAUCCUAGUGAUGGAGAGGGAUACAAUUCCGAUAUGGCUAUGGAUAAUGAGUCUAUUCUAUCGGAAAUUGAUGAACACUAUUAUGCAAGCACUCGAGAAGAACGAGUAAUAUUGUAUAACAAUAGUGAUGGAUUUAGCAAACCCUCAGCAUUCCUUCUCUAUUCCUUCUUGGAACAACAUUCAAUUUCUCUCUCCAUGAGAUGGGCUGCUAUCAUUUCCGUAACAUUCCAUUAUUUAUUCGAUAGACUCUCUGAUAAUGAAUAUCCAGAUUAUUAUUCGAAACUAUCCUAUGACCUAGUUUACAGGUCUAACGAAAAGUCGUUUGAUGGUAUUUCAAUACCUCUUGAUGGGGAUUAUAUAAGAAACAAAUAUAACGAUUUAAAUAUUGAACUAUUGCGACAAUGGACCAUUUAUGACGCUUGUUUGAACUCAACUCUGGUGGCUAGAGCUUUCAACACGUGGCUGAACAGUGGUAUUGAAGCAAUGAAACUAUUUAUUGCAGAUUUAGGAAUUAAAUUACAAGACGCAACGUCACCGUGGCAAGCACUGCCUGGAGCAACCAAAGACCGAUUCCUUGAGGCCGUGAAAAAAGAGAAGAACAAAUAUCAUCUCUCCUCGAUUGUAUUUAAUUCUUUCGAAAGAGUUUAUGAACAGGCCUUUUCUCUUACUGCCAGUGAUCAAGUAUUUGCUCUUUUAGGCAUGAUGCAAAUUGUUCCACCUCAAAAUUUAUUGACUACAAUUUCUAAUAGUAUCAUUAAUGCAAAAGAGAAUAAGCAGCUAAUUGAGCAAGGAAUAACAAAAGCGAAACAAAUGAGACAAGCUAUGAAUGACAUUUUCAAAAUGGUCAUGGAGAACAAAUCAUACACACAUACUCGUGAAUUUAUUGCUAUCGAUUUGACAAGUAUUAACCUUUCUCACUUCAACAUUGCAUUUUCAUCACAGCUCGAUCAACAACAUUGGAACAUUACAUCCACCACUUCCAUUAACUCUGAGACCGAAACUAGUAUUUCCCCAGUUGCGUUUUUCCAAUUGACCCAACAUUUUAUGAAACUUGUUAAGUACAACAAAUUAUUUGGAAAAGUACAUGUAAUUCUCAUCAAGCAACUCGGAAAUCAAGUUUACAUUUGUGGACUUCAUCAAAAUCAUCAAAAGAUUCGAACCUUCAACAGAGCUUUUGAAUUUGCAUGCAGAACUUAUAAUGAACCAACAAAAUAUUCAAACUUUGGAAGCCAAGUCAAAAUUAUUGACAAAUCUAAACGAAGUGACAUUAUUUCGGUGUUACUAGGGUCGCUAGUGCAAUCAAAGAAGAUGCCAUCCCGUUCAAAACCUUCUCACCACGAGUUUGAAGAUGACCAAUUUGAAGAGGAGGAAGAUGACGCUCUGAUGUUUCCCAAAAUACACGAAAUUAUUGCUCGGAAUUAUGCAAGAAAAAUCACGAAAAAAGAAACAAGCUCGACAGAGGCAUCCAUCGAUUCUUUGUUGGCGGAGUAUGAACAACGUUCAAAACAUUAUGAAGCUGAAGUAGUAGAGAAAAAGCCUAAAAAGAAAGUUAAAAAAGUUUCUAAAACUGUAGUUGAAGAACAACCAGUUGAGGAUAACAAUAUUGUUGAAUUACCAUCUGAGCUACAACAACAAGACACGUCUGAUGAAAUUCCUCUAGUUCGUGAAGCUGAAGAAUUUAAAGACAGAUAUCCAGAAGAUACAAUUAAACUUUUAACUGCAGAGGAAGCCAAUCGAUUGUUAACAAUUAAUGAAGUAUGUGAAUUGAUGGACAAGCAUUUUGGAUUGGAUUUAUUAGUGAUGAAUCUGAGCGAGAAGUGUUCAUUUGCCGAAUACUUAGUUUUUGUUACUGGAAGCAGUUAUCGGCACAUGAAAACAUUGGCCAAAAGCGUGGUUGACGCUCUUUAUGAGCGACGACUUCAUAAAUUAAAACCAAAAAUUGAGGGCGAGAUGGAUACUAAUUGGAUGGUUGUGGAUGCUGGUAAUAUUAUUGUUCAAGUUUUUUCUCCAGAAGGACGAAGAUCUUAUGACCUUGAAAGAAAGUGGGCCUUUACCACAAAAGCAGAAUUUGAACCAACUCUCGAACAGCUUUCCAGUAUCUUUGAGAAAGAAACAAAGAAGAAGAAGAAGAAGUAA